AUGGAGUCCACGAGCAGCAGCUUCUUCCUCAUCGCCAUUCUCCUCUGUACUUCCUCCUCCUCCGGUGCUGCCACGGACUCCGAUCCGUCGGAUGCAGUGCACGACACCUUCGGAAUGCCGAUACAGGCCGGAAAAUGCUACCUUAUAUACACCGCCUACGACAAUCACGGCAUCGGAUUAAGCACCUUGGGCCCGGAGGCCUGCCCGGUUAACGUCGUCGUAGACAAUUCUUGCGACAGCGCCGACGCAGUCGUCUUUCACCCGGCAGAUCCACACGAACCCGUGGUUCGUAUCUCCGUCCCGCUCACCAUCCGCUUUUCCGACUUCAAUCCCUGUGCCAAUUCUUCCGUCUGGCAGGUGGUUCAGGCCGACAAAAUGGACGGCGCCGGCCGGCAGAGGAAGCAAUUAGUGAAAAUCAAUGGAGAAGAAGGGAAGCCCGGGUGCGACACCUAUCGAAGCUGGUUCAAGAUCAGAAAGGCCACCCGACAUGGGAAGCAGAGCCCAAAUAUAUAUUUCAUUGAAUAUAACCCGACCGACAUCUGCGAGUUCCCGGUGCGUCCCUGCGCCGUCGGCCCCGGCAGCAUCUAUGCACCUGAUGACGAGGACCUGCGGGCUUUGGAGCUCGUCGAGGGCUACCCUCCUUUCUUUGUUUUCCGGCAGGCUUAG